GCCAGAUGAUCAAAGAAGGUCGUGCUGAAUUUUUUUUAUUCACUUGGGUGUGGAAAAUCCGAGUCGUUGAUUUGAAAUGUCGCUGUGAAUGGUGGCAAAGGAUUAUCAAAGAAUUCAUGGUACUUUAUGAAUGUCGAACCCCUUCUCUUCGUAAAUGCUGAAACUGAGAAGCUUCUUUUAUCAGUUAUGGCCAAGGGUAAUAAAACUGAUUGAAUUUAGACUUGAAUUGUCAAUUUUUUUAUCAAGUGCUUGAGCCAUGGCUGAUCGGCAGCAGCAAGGUUCUCUUCAGGAUGUACUGGACACAUUGCAUGCCCUCUACGUCGAAGGCAGACAAGAAGCAUCAGCACUUUUAGAGCAAUUCCAGCAAUCUGUCGAGGCCUGGCAAGUCGCAGACGAAAUUCUGCGAGGAUAUAGCAACAACCAAGUAGCAUGUUAUUUUGCAGCCAGCACCAUGAAGAUGAAGAUUUCUGCAAGCUACCACCAGCUGCCUGCGGACACACGUGCUGCGCUACGUGAUACUCUAUUUAACCAUGUAGUAAGCACUGAUAGUACAGAAGCAAGAGCACAGUUGUGUUUGGCAAUUGCUUAUUUAGCUUUGCAGAUGGUGGAGUGGACGAAUCCAGUGGAAACACUAAUUGACAAGCUGUCUGUGGCUGGAUCAAGGGGUGCUGUGGUGCUGCUGCAGACACUGAAGUACCUCGUCGAAGAAUGCUACAGCGAACGGCUAAGAAUCGGCCACAACCGCCGAGAGGAAAUGUACAAGAAGCUGCGCGCAGGUUGUUCACGCACCCUGGAGAUUGUAGAGGCUGCUAUGCAGAUGCACAAGUCCACCGGCCAGCUAGAUGACAAUGUCAAAAUUCUAUGUUUCCAGUGUACGAGUUCUUGGCUGCGGAUGUGCAACGUUCCGGUUACGACCCUCACGCAGUGUCAAAUUAUUUUUGCUCCGUUUGAGGUACUCAAGGACGUGGAUGCAGAUGCCAAGCUGUAUGAAGCUGCAUGUGACUGUGUCUGCAGCACAUUGUACGUAUGUGAGCACACAGCCGAGUACUCUCAGCUUGCGUUCAUGCUAGUGCCAAAGGUCAUUGAGCUGGUGGACGUGUUUUUCAAAUGCGUGUCAACUAAUGACGUUGGCAAGGCAGAAGACCUGUGCCGAGUGUUCACGGAGAUGGCUGAGGCGUUUCUGGAGCACAUUGCUACCACACCUGGUGAAGGUUUUGGUGAUCUUCUCAGUGUACAGAUUCUGCUCAAAUGCUUAGAAACAGGUAGCAUACCGAUGGCGAAAAUUAUGCUCAAUUUCUGGUUUAGGCUGUCGGAGGAAGUGUUCCGGCGGAAGGAGGGUAUCGAAUUCUCUGACCUUGAUCCCGGUGUGAAGGCGAAGCAUGUGGAGGCUGUAUUGUUCCCGUACCGACCCAUUAUCCAGGAGAUUGUCCAGCACCUGAUCACUCUCAUGCAGCUUGAGUCCGAUCACACCGGUGUGCCAAGUACCAACUCGGACAUGAAAGAGUUUCGGACGGAUAUCUUUGAUAUGCUGCGCGACCUCGCCUUCAUUAAUGGUUCGAUUAACCUGCUCACGUUUGUCUUUAAGUCGAUGGUGGAAGGAGAACAAAAGGCAUGGACUUCGGUCGAAUCGCAUUUGUGGCUCAUAGAGACAAUGUGUGUUGGAAUCAAGCCAGAGGAUGAUAGUCCAGUGAUCUUGGAGUUGCUAAAGGUUGUGCUCAGCUUUCCGACGGAGGUGAAUGUUGCCUUGCAAAGUACUGCGCUUGGAGUGCUGGCGGAGCUAUCACGUUGGUUCUACAACCACCCGCAAUACCUUGGUGACGUGUUGACGUUUGUGUGCGGACGCGCGCAUAUUGCCGGCCUUGGCUUGCCGUGCAUGACAACUCUGUGUGACCUGGCCGAGGCAUGUCAGCACAAUCUCUUACCGCACUUUGACACCCUAUUGCAGGUAGCUGCAGCUGUAGACACCCUGAACCUUGACACUCCGGCUGUUAUUCAACUGCUUAGUGCGUUGGGUUAUGUCAUUGGCAAAGUACCACGCGCCAAGGCGGCAACUGCUGUUCAGCAGCUUGUUGAUCACGAGGUGACUGGAUUGCGGAAAGUGGCUGAACUGCGCAAUUUCUCGUCUGUCGUGCACUACUUGGACCGGAUUGCUGCAAUAUUCAAGAACAUCAAUUGCCAAGACAAGGAGCAGCCUCAUCCAUGCCAGCAGGUCGUCAUCAAUCUGUGGCCACUGCUUAGCUCUCUUGGCACAGAGUUUGUGGCCGAGGGGCACGUCAUGGAGCACUGGUGUCGCCUUAUCCGAUUCUGCCUGCGCCUGCUUGAGUCGUCGGGAAAGCCGCUGCUCUCUCCGCUCUUACAUGUCCUCGUGACCAUGUACGACAGUCAGCAGCAUUCAUCCUUUCUCUAUCUGGCGUCAGUCUGCGUGGAUCUGUUUGCUACCGAUGCAGAGUGUGUUCCGUUCCUGACUGACAUGAUGUCGCACUUUAGCAAUCGUGUUCUGACAACUCACCUGGUGCAUUACGCUGACCUGGUCAACAACCCUCACACUGUGGACGACUACUACAGGUUGUGUGUGCGCUUCAUGCAGAACAUUCCGUUGAGUCUUAUUCGACUGCCGUGCAUGAACAGCAUAGUCAGCCGUGCCCUCGCUGGCCUUGUUCUGCACCACCGGGAAGCUGCAGCAUCCAUAUCGCGAUUCUUCACCGACCUGAUCCGCUGUGCGUCCGACUCCGCGUAUGCCAAUCAGAGCCAGGGUAAUGCAGUCGAGUUGAAGCAGAACCUGGAUGUGCUGCUGGAGCAGAACGGUCUGGCGCUGGUCAACCAGGUGAUAUCCGCAUCUUGUGGUAGCGUGCCGUAUCACUUGCUUGGUCUGCAUGCCGAUGUGCUCUAUGCACUCUUGUGUGUUGUUCCAAUGGGCCUGACACAGUGGCUACAGCAAGCCUUGUCAGCAGUACAGCGUAGCACCACCACUGGCCUGGAGAUUGUCACCGAAGGCCAGCUCAGUGAAUACUACAGGUCACUUACCACGGUAACUGGGCAGAGAGCUAUGCGCUUGGUCAUGCAAGAAUUCUACAACCUAUUCCGGUAGCCAAGCAUUCUCAUUGACUGGUGGUGGCAGCGGCGUCUCCCUCUACUGCUCCACUGCUGGUGUUGCUGACAUGUCUGAGCUGGGCACUCUCCCCUCUCCUGGUUGCUUCUCCCGUGUGUAGCCUGUCACAUACAUACUCUGGUGUGGUACAUGAAUAAUGCUAAUCUGGUGGCCUGCACCUAUGUGCAAUGGCAUAUGUACAUGUACAUUUGCUUUAUGGAGAGACAGAGAAUCAGAAAGGCCGAGAGAAGGGCAUACACACUAGUAGUAGUAUUUGCACGCAGCACACCAGACGUACCAGUCCACAUCGCGUCACGGGCUGGUAAAGUUGUCAACAGGCCGACUCCUAUCUAGCCUCUUGUGUGCUAGAGUUUUCAGACUUCAAAGUUCCCAUGAACAAGAAGCAACAGCAACAACAGCAGCAGCAUGUCAUCAACGACCCCCCAAGUUGGCAAUCCUCUGCCGGUUGGAACCGAGAAAUAUUAUUUUAGUUUCGCUUCUGUCAUUGUGUAUACUCAUGCAACACCUUAGGAAAUCUUUCUAAAUUUUGACUAAGUUUUGCCUUCUUUUCAAUUUUUAAGUCUCCACUGUCAGACAUAGGUUGAUAUUUUCUGUCCUGGGGUGUUGGUGACACAAUAUGCCCAGCCAGUAUUGAGUAUGCGAGUGUGUGUGUGUGUGUGUCUGUGUGUGCUUGUCUGUCUGCCAGGUGGCAACAAUCUUUUUAAGAUGUUUUUCAGCUUGGUUCUGCACAUGUUGCGCGUGAGAUGUGUUGAUGUACAUUCUGUCACAUUGCCUUUGCUCAUCCUUACGGUCUUGUAUUGACUUCCCUGUCAUCUGCUUUUAUUUCAAUGUCAUAGUAGCAUGCAGGGCAUGGCGUUUCCCCAAGUGGACGGGAAUAUUUACACUUCAUUCUGUUCGCACGUCUGGCUGACCAAUGCAAAUACCGUCCGUUGAGUGUAUGCGCAUACAUGUUUGUGUGCAUGUCUCUACGACUACACGUAUGCUGAAAUACUCCCAUGAAACAUACAUUGCACACACUACUCUCCUCUGCUCUUCUUUCUCUGACCUCCUUCCAUUCAGAUAUAUGUUGUGUUUUUUUGACAAUGUGUGUCGUAGUUGGGUGUCGUGUGUUGCUCUGUGAAAAUCGCUCUCCACGUAUUUCCUCUCAUUCCUGUCAUUGUGUGCUGUGAAAAUCAUGGGAGCUGACACUUUCCUUGAAUCACAA